AUGAACAGAGGCAGAGGAGGAAUGAGAGGUGGCCGUGGAGGCCGAACCGGACCGCUGCAGUUCCAGCAAGGACCCCCCGACACAGUAUUGGAGAUGGGGACGUUCAUGCAAUCAUGUGAGGGCGAUAUCGUUUGCCGGUCAGUGAAUGUCAAAAUUCCAUAUUUCAAUGCUCCGAUAUAUCUUGAGAACAAAAGCCAGGUGGGAAAGGUUGACGAGAUCUUGGGACCGCUCAACGAGGUGUUUUUCACCAUCAAACCCUCCGAAGGAAUCCAGGCCGAUUCGUUUAAGGAGGGAGACAAGUUUUACAUUGGACCCGACAAGUUGCUUCCAUUGGAGAGAUUUUUGCCCAAACCGGUGCAACACGGACCCAAGCCUAAGCGUGUAGGAGGCGGUGGGGGCCGUGGAGGCCGUGGUGGCGCCAGAGGUGGCAGAGGUGGCUCCUUUGGAGGCAGAGGUGGCUCUUUCGGUGCUCGUGGGGGAAGAGGUAGAGGAGGAUCAUUUGGAGGCAGAGGAGGUAGAGGCGGCUCGUUUGGAGGAAGAGGUGACUUUGGUGGUAGAGGCAGAGGCGGUUCUUUUGGAGGGAGAGGAAGAGGACGUUUUUAA